AUGGAGACGGUUUCCUCUUCUGCCCACAUAAAACCCGUCCAGAAGCGCCCGGAGCCGGUAAUCGGCAAGCGAAAUCCUGUUGUCCGCACGGACUGGAAACGCAUGCGAACGCAAAACCGUGCGGUUCAAGUAGUCGUCAAAAGUGCGAUCUGUCAAGUCUUCCAGCCCCAGAGUGUCCGUGUGUCCCUCUUCUUUCCCCACCCUCUGACAGCGAAUUUCGACCAGCGAGUCGCGGGCGUUUUUGUUAGGCACAAACGGUUCGUAGUUGCAGAGCAGCGGAACGUGCAAAUGCAUGCGGUAGUGGCAUGUCCGCACCUCUUCGACAUUGACGAUCUGCGGGGCCUUCCAGUCCGCCACCUGGCACUUGUACACCACCUCGACCGUGCGAGGCUGGCCCGUCAUGUCGCACACAGACCCGUCCAUGACCAACUGCUCCACGACAUUCUGGGCCGGCUGGUGGCCGAACGGCGCCUCUUUCUUCUGCACGAGCCGGUACGACCGCACCGCCUCGCGCAUGGUGCGCUCAAACUGCUCCGGCGAGGCCUGGUUGUCAAACAGAAACUUGUCCUUGGACGCGGGCGAAAACCGGCCCAACACGAACACCGUGCUGGGAUUCUCGGGCCUGUGCCGGCCCUCGGCCCUGUCCUUGGGCAGCUGCUCGCGUGGCGGCACGGCCUCGUGGAACUGGAUGAUCUUGUCGCCCGGGCAGAACGCAUAUGUCCAGUACAUGCCCCGAAGCUCGUAGGCCCACACACACUGGUUUGGCCCAAACGCCAGGCGGAUCAAGUCGGCGGCGCCCUUGAGAAUCUCCGCGUCGUUUUGCUUCGGCGGCUCGAGCACCUCCACUUCCGCGGCCUGCGGAACAGCACAAAUGUACUCGUCGCUGGCGUUGUUGCCGCCAAUGAAGAAUCUCUCGUAGUGCGGCUGGGCGUAUAG